GCAGCUCUCGGGCUUCCGCGGGCACCGGGAGCCCCCAGGUCCACGGCUGCCGGCACGCUGCGGCAGCGCCGAGCCACCUGGGUGAGCGGCGGCGGCGGCGGGCGGGUAGGUAGCUGAGUAGGUAGCGAAGAGUCGUUUGGGUCCUGCUGCCUCCUGUCGUCAUGGCUGGUUCGCAGCAGCCGCCGCCGCGGCGGGAGGACGGGGAAGCGCCGCUGCCCAUCGAGGACGCGGAGCUGGCGCUGGCCGGCAUUAACAUGCUGCUGAACAACGGCUUCCGCGAGUCGGACCAGCUCUUCAAGAAAUACAGGAACCAGAGCCCAUUAAUGAGUUUUGGAGCCAGCUUUGUCAGUUUUCUGAAUGCCAUGAUGACCUUUGAAGAGGAGAAGAUGCAACUGGCCUGUGAUGACCUAAAGGCUACAGAGAAGCUCUGUGAAAGUGAAGAAGCCGGAGUGAUAGAAACCAUCAGGAACAAGAUCAAAAAGAAUGUGGAUGGACGCAAAUCCACUCUCUCCAUGAUCGAUCGGCUCCAGAGGCAGAUCAUUGUAGCAGACUGCCAGGUCUACUUGGCCGUGCUGUCUUUUGUGAAGCAGGAGCUAUCAGCAUACAUCAAAGGUGGGUGGAUCCUCCGAAAAGCCUGGAAGAUUUACAACAAGUGCUACACAGACAUUAACACCCUGCAGGAAAUCUAUCAGAAGAAAACAGCUCAGGAGCCCUUGCCUUGUGAUGCUGCAAAUGAUAAUCAUAUUGCUGCAGAAGGUGUAACGGAGGAUGCCCUAAACAGACUGAAAGGUGCUGUUAGCUUUGGAUAUGGACUUUUUCAUCUUUGCAUAUCCAUGGUGCCCCCAAACCUGCUCAAAAUCAUCAACCUGCUGGGUUUUCCUGGAGACCGCCUACAGGGGCUUUCUUCACUGAUGUAUGCAAGUGAAAGUAAGGACAUGAAGGCCCCUUUAGCUACAUUAGCUCUCUUGUGGUACCACACUGUUGUUCGUCCCUUUUUUGCCCUCGAUGGCAGUGAUAACAAAGCAGGAUUGAAAGAGGCAAAAGAAAUUCUUGCAAAGAAAGAAUCUGCUUAUCCAAACUCCUCUCUCUUCAUGUUCUUCAAGGGGAGGAUACAGCGAUUAGAGUGUCAAAUCAACAGUGCCUUGACCUCCUUUCACACUGCUUUGGAACUUGCAACAGACCAAAGGGAGAUUCAACACGUCUGCUUGUAUGAAAUAGGUUGGUGCAGCAUGAUCGAGAUGAAUUUCAAAGAUGCAUUUGAAUCCUUUGAGAGGCUUAAAAACGAGUCCAGGUGGUCCCAGUGCUACUAUGCUUAUUUAACAGCAGUGUGUCAAGGAGCCACUGGUGAUGUCAGUGGUGCUCAGAACGUGUUCAAGGAGGUCCAGAAGCUUUUCAAGAGGAAAAACAAUCAGAUUGAGCAGUUCUCAGUGAAAAAGGCAGAGAGGUUCAGAAAACAAAUGCCAACAAAAGAGCUCUGUGUGCUGGCCUCCAUUGAGGUGCUGUACUUAUGGAAGGCCCUUCCAAACUGCUCCCUCUCCAACUUGCAGCAUAUGAGCCAAGCUUGUCAGGAUGUUGAUGAUUCAUCAGCUGUUGGGUUGAGGAAUUUGCUCCUUGGUGCCAUCCACAAGUGCUUAGGAAAUUCUGAAGAUGCUGUCCAGUGCUUCCAGCGAGCUGCUAAAGACGAGUUGUGCCAUCAGAACAACUCCUACGUCCAGCCCUAUGCUUGCUAUGAGCUUGGCUGCCUUCUCCUGGACACCCCAGAGACUGUGCCAAGAGGCAAAACCUUACUUCUGCAAGCCAAGGAGGAGUUCAGUGGCUAUGACUUUGAGAACAGACUGCACGUCCGCAUCCACGCAGCCUUAGCCUCCCUGAGGGAAGUGGUGCCGCAGUGACGCGCAGGACAUCCUGCCCCCCCCUCCUCUCCCCCAGUUUCUGCACUUUAAGAUGAAGCAGAAGAAGAAAGCUGUUGGGAAGAUCAGCUUUCCUUCUGCCAACCACUUGUGCCAGAGACACUUUGCUGUGGUGUGGUCACAGUUGGUGUGGCUUAGUAAAACGUGACAGCUUUCCCUGGGAGUCGAAUCAGGCAGGCAGAAGGUGAAGGGACUUUGGGUUCUUAACUCUUCAGGUUGUCUUUUGUUGCACCCAGGCUGCACACAGUCGCUUGUGACUGCCUGGGGGAGCCUACAUAAGCACAGGUGAUGUUCUUCCACAGUACUGGCAGGUGGGAUUUAAUGUUUUUUACCUUCUAAAAUAGACCUAGGUCCAAAAUAGGCUAAGGAGAGGAUGUCUGGCUUUGAUUUGAACAGCACAAGAAAAGGAGGUGGUGGCAAGGGUGGAAGUUGGGAAUGGUCAGAACAGCUUUUCUUCUGUUUUUCAGCCAAUUAGCCAAUCCACAGGAAGAGGAAAACUGUUUAGCCACAAAGAAAAAGCAAGCAGAUCUUACUGAAUUGCAGCAUCUUAGGUCAGUGACUUCAUGCUGAGUGCUGUAUGGAUUUGAAACUUUAUACUCCUCUCCCUUUUUAAGUCCUUUCCUCCCCAGCCAGCUCUUGUUUUGUCAGUGUUUAGGAUCUCUGCUUCUGGAACAUUCCAGCCCAGAGUUUGUUGUUUGCUAUACAGUUAGUGUGGGCAGCACUUGUGCCUGCUCUUCAGAUUCUGGCUGUUAUGGCAGGGACAAGAGCUUGACACAGUUUUCAUUCAAGCUGCUGCAUCUUCACAGCAGUGACCUUUAAAGGUAUUAAAAAACCCAAGCAAAGGGAAUGAACUGAAUGCUGGAUUCAGCAGAGCUCCUUCUGAGGAUGGAUUUGCAGGGAUUGGACUCCCAUGGGCACUUAGAUGGAGAAGUUCAUGGUGCAGUAGGUCAGAGCUGGCACUCAAGUGUCAAGGAGGGAGUUAGUGUAGCUGAGUCAAACAUGCUUCAGGGCCUUGGCUGAAGAGGGAAGGAUGGAUGUGGCUUCAGCUCACCUUUGCCUCUCAAAGUGAGGGCAAUGCAGAGGAAGGUCACACACCAGGUGUCUUUUUUGCUCUUACUUC